CAACAACCAAUGUUUUCGCCACAAAUCUCUUAAGAAUGAAUGAAUGAGGUGCUGCGACGCGGAGCGCAUGCUGAACGCGACUGCUUAGGUUUGCUAAAAAAGUGCCAGUGCGAUGCGGCAGUUGUCAGGGGGAGAUCGGAGAGGAGGGGGUCUGAUUGGCUGAAGCGGUGCUGUUGCCCCGGCGACGGCAGGGGGGGUACGGAAGCGUUGCCGUGCGGCGUGAUCUCCUCCGCGCUGCGUGGAUGGAGGAAGCAGCUGCUGAUCUUUUGACACAGCGCGAGCGAAAGGCUACUGCAUGAAAAAGCACGGCAGCUUUUGUCGUCGGACGCCACAGUAGAAUGCACGAAUACCCUCCUGGUUUGAUGGGUCCGAUAAUCGGCAUGUCUCCAGAUAAGAAAGCCGAAUCUCCUGGAGCACAGGGAGCGUGUGGAGCUGGGACUCUCCCUGAAGCAGAGAGUGCUUCCAGUCCAAUGGCCACCAGUCUAGAUCAAAUUGGUCGAUCUGUCAGUGUUGUGGCAGGCGAGUCUGAAGACGACGAGCUCACAAACCUGAACUGGCUUCAUGAGAACUUGCUACAGAACUUCUCUCUUGGAGGGCCCGAGGCACAACCCAUCAACAGCCCACUGUUUGACAUUGAGGGUGGCAUCGGGUCACCACAUAGCAACACCAAUUCAUCCGCCUCCUCUGUUUCGACAGGAAGCGAAAGAGAUCCUUACAAGUCUAAGCCUCCCUUCUCUUUCUCCUUAUUGAUAUACAUGGCCAUCGAGCAGUCACCUAGCAAAUCUCUCCCAGUGAAGGACAUCUACGGCUGGAUCCUCAAGCAUUUUCCAUAUUUCUCCAGCGCCCCUACUGGCUGGAAGAACUCAGUGCGCCACAACCUGUCUCUUAACAAGUGCUUCCGCAAAGUAGAGAGAAGCAUAGGAAAGACCAAUGGGAAAGGCUCUCUGUGGUGCGUUCAUCCUGAGUUUCGGCCCAUGCUGAUGCAGGCCCUGAAGAAGCAGCACUUCCCCAAUGCUCAUGCCUUCUGCACCCCGCCUGCCUCCCCUCCUAGUGCCUCAUCUCCUCCUCAUCACCUCUUCACUUCGGAGCAGGGCUGUGCCCUAAAAGACCCAGAAGAACAAGAAGGACCCAUCGAUCUCUCCAGAAGGGACUUGGUGGUGGUGAGUCGGGAUCCAAAGCAGGAUCACAACUACAGCAGCACCCCUGCCCCUCCCUGCCCUCGCCAGAUGCCUCUUUCACAGCCGCUCAACUUCAGCCUAGGUUUGCACCACGAUCAGGAGAGACGAUGGCCACACAAUCCACUGCAGGGUCAGCUUUUAGGGAAACGCAGCCGAAGAGAUUCACGUCCCGAUGUGGAUGAGGAGCUCAAGGAGGCGGCUGGAUCGCUAUUACACCUAGCCGGUAUUCGCACCAGUUUAGUCGCCUCAAGACGCAAGAGCAGGAAACUCAGUAGGAAAUGAACCCAAUUCUGUAACUUCAUCCUGUGGCCUGCCCAACCUAUUUAUCUCGCUCUCUCCUCUGGUUUGGUGUUUCUUCCUUUUCAUUUCUAGUUUUUGGGGUGUUUUCUUUUCGUCUUUUUAACCGGGAUUACAUCCCCGGUCCACUCAUCAAAACAUGGCAAUACAAACACAGGAGAGAAAAGCCAUACUGACAUGUUUUAUGUACAGAAAACAAACAGCCCACGUCAUUUUGAGUUCAUACGAAGAGGAUUUGAAGAUGUUAAUCAUUACAAAAAAACACACUGGUUAAAGAAAAAAAGAUUUGCAUGCUUCCACCUCUAAAUCAACACAAAACUUAUUUAUAUGAAGAAAAAAAAAAACGAAUGCAUGGAUUGUACAAGCUCCCACGCUUCUUCACCAUAGAAGGAAACAAAAAAAGCUUAAGAAAACAUCAAUUUGAAAGUGCCAUUGAUUUUUGGAUCAUACUAUAAACAUGAUACAAAGAAGAAAUGCAAUAAUUAGUCCACCUAAAUACCUGUAGUUCUUUUAUUUUUGUACUGCUGGUUUAUAUCUCAUGUGUUGUGACGGCAUGCCCCUGGGAGCCUUUCGCUGCCGCAGUUAUGAUGUCAAAGUCACAUGACUCUUCUCGUGCAUCCUGAUUGGAUCAUUUGUGUGUCCCCGCCCCCCGAUCCUGAUCAUUAUGACUGGAGGACAGCUCGAAAGAAUCAGCUUGCAUGCACCUCCACCUCAGUGUUUCCCAGACGCCAGCGAUCUCAAUAAUCAGGUUUUGGACUUGAUUCAUAUGUGUACUGCUUGCUUUUGGAGCAGCCAAUGACAAAACAAGAACCUCUUUAGCUCCUCUAUAAGAUUCAAAUCAACUCAAAGAGUCAUCUCCACCCAAAGCAGGCUUUUGUUUUGGUAGAAAACGUGAGGAAUUGUCCAGCAGGGGGAGCUCCAUGAAACGCCACUUUCCCACUGCUGCUUUUGAGGCCUCCAGAGAGUCGUGAGGAAACCAGAAACAAUGUGAAUUGCACUAUAAACGCGCCUGCAAACAGGAGAGAGACGUUCUCCCAUCACUGCGGCUCACAGAUGGUGCUGACUUUGGGAGAAAUAAUCAAUGGGAGAGCCAAACGGACGUAAAGUGUGCUCCUAAGAUGUUUGAUUUUUUUUUUUUUUUUCUUUUUCGCCAAAGCUGCUGCUCACAAAACUUUGCCUGGCUGUGUGUGACCUUCGGUUUGUUCCUGAUUGGGUUUUUAAGUGUUUGUUUGAGACUACAUUAGGAUUUUAUAUACCCACGCAUGUGAAAUUGUGAACUAUAACUGCCACUUGCCCCAUUACACUGGCAAAACCUGAACUUCCUGAAUGAGUUGAUUAUUUAAAAACUGCCUAUCCUCGUGAAGCUCUUUCGCUGUCACUUUAAUCAUCGCUGCCAAUCCUUCUCCUCCCGGCUGUACAUAGUGCUAAUACAGAAUGCAAGUAUUAACGCAGGGAGGGGAGCCGAGCAGUAGUUUUAGAAUUUGAGGCCAAUUUUGAAAACCGCUGCCUAUUAUUAUUAUUAUUAUAGUAUUAUUAUUAUUGAGAUAUGGUCCACUAACUGAGUUGCCACUUCCCCAUCAGUUUUGUCAUGUUCGUCUGCUAUGAAGGCGGCAGGCUGAACCUGAUUUUUGAUUUUGUAAGCUAACCUCUGUUAAUAAAAGGUUUAUAAAGUUUAUUUUUGCCAAAGAUAUGCAACUGUUGCAUUAUAUAUGGUAUUAAAGAAUAAAAGAGUUUUUUUUCUUUUACUGA